AUGACGCAUAAGAAGGCCUUGAUGAUGGUGGAAAAUGUUGAUCUAUUGAAAUGGCCGAGACACACCAGGUAUACUCCAUCCAAAAAAUUUUCUAACAAGUAUUGCAAAUUUCAUCGCGAAAGAGGGCUCGAUACAGAAGAAUGCUUUCAACUGAAGGAUGAGAUCGAGAGAUUGGUGCGACAGGGUUUCUUCCGUGAUCGGAUUCCAGGUGGGUGUAAAACAGGAAAGGAUGAAGUGAGCAGAAGUCGAUCGAGGAGUAGAGAUCGUAACCCCAGACUUGCGAAAACAGAUAAAACCCCCGGAAACAGAAGCAAUGCGCCAACCAAGGGAGUCAUCUACACCAUCGCAGGGGGAUCGAGCGCUGGAGAUUCAAGUAGAACUCGUAAGAGGUGUGCCAGAACUUUAGGCUCCAGCAGAGAAAGAGAAUUUGUGCUUAAAGUAGAAGAAGAAGAAGCAAUUUCUUUUGACAGCUCAGAUAAGCCGGAGGAUAGCGAGACCAUGAACGACCCUAUGGUCAUCAAGCUAGACAUUGCGAAUUUCGCUGUUCACAAAGUACUAGUUGAUAGUGGGAGCUCGACGGAUAUCAUAUUCAAAAGUGUGGUUGAUAAGAUGGGAUUAGAAAAUGCUCGACUGGAACCAGAUUCGGAGGAAGUGAAGUGGCGUCGCUGGACAUGA